AACGCCCUUUCGCAAAGUUUCUUUAUCAAAGUUUGAUAAAGACAGAAAACAGAGAAAAUCAUACACACGCAAAGGAAAAAAAUUGACAAACCGAGAACACUAUUCAGAUCUCAUCUUCCCUUCAAUUUUGAAUCAACAUUCUGUAAAGGUAUUGUCAACUAACACGACACACAGCUCCAAUAAGAGGGCCGGUGAUUCAUAGGAAAAAAGUGGAGACUAAAUUUUUUGAUUGAUUUUGUUUGCUGGAUUGUUUUGGAAGAUCUGAGGAGAGAAAAGUACAAAGUUAAUAAUAAAUAAUGGGCUCAGAGGGAGAAAAUUUCGAUCAUUCAGGACCCUUGCAUCUGACAACAGUUGACUGGACAAAUUUCAGUCACCGAAGGUCUGUUGCAGCUAGUUUGGUUCAGAGUGUCUACAUUUUGGAGUGGGAUCGUCAGGAGAAGCGGGAAGGAAGCGAAGCCCUUGCCCCUCCUUGGUGGAAAUUCUUCAAUUUUCAGCUGUACAGACAACUGAUUGAUGAUGCCGAUUCUUCUGUCUUUGGUGCAAUCUAUGAACUCAGUUGCACUGCAUCAGAAAACAUCCCUUCGGCACAACAAGCCCCUCGAUAUAUUGUCGCUUUUCGAGGCACUAUUACCAAGGGGGAUGCAUUUUCACGAGACCUUGAAUUGGACGUCCACAUUAUUCAAAAUGGUCUUCACGGGACAUCUCGCUUUGAGAUAGCCAUACAAGCUGUUCGACACGUGGUGGCGACAUUUGGAAAUUGCGGUGUUUGGGUAGCCGGCCAUUCACUGGGGUCGGCCAUGGCAAUGCUUGCUGGGAAGAAUAUGGCAAAGAGUGGAGUAUUUCUUGAAGCAUUUUUGUUCAACCCACCAUUCUUUUCUGCCCCAAUUGAGAGAGUCAAGGAUGAAAAGAUGAAACAUGGCAUAAGAAUUGCAGGCAGUGUGAUUACAGCUGGACUUGCUUUUGCUAUGAAACAUAAGGACACAAAAAAU